AUGAUCGCCCAGGUGCUUUAUUUGCAUGGCCCUGGCUCCAAUCAAGCGAUGGCGGAAAAGCAAGUUCAAGCAGUCUUUAAGAAUCUCAAAUGGGUGGUGGACUUUGAUCUCUUGGAGUGGCACUACUUGGAGGGCACCAUCAAUCAGAAAUUGGAAGAGAUCCAUUGGGACCCGGCCGUGCAAAAGAUCUUUGCACCCUUCGGACGGCCUUGUGGAGACUCCUACGAUGGUUAUAUGAGCUACUUGAAGCUCUUAGAUGAAAGCCAUCAGCAAGAAACCUGGCUGGGCCCAGAAGAAAAGGAAGUUGGUUCUGGUGCCUCGGUGUGA